UUGCCAAUCUUGUGCACAAAUCUUAAACAUAAAUCACAUUAAAUUCUGAGCAAGCAAGGACAAGACAAAUUGCAUCGAACCAAAGAAGAAUAAAGAAAAAAGCAAUAAGAAGCUUGGAAUCGAAGUUAAACAUCCUGGUACAAACAAAGGUCUCUGACAGCUGAUUAUUAACUUGAUUUUUGUCAUUGUUUAAUAAAUUCACAUGCCAUUCUGUCUUCAACAACCAGACACUCAUGGAAGACCUCUCUGCAGUUGCCACGAGGAAGACGAAAGCAAAAUAUUCCCCUCUUGUUCCCUCUAUUAAAUUUCAAUGCGACAUCAAGACUUCAUAAUAUUGUAUAGUUGCCUACCAAGACUUUUGCACUCUCUCUUGUCAUGGUAGCAUUGCACCUUUCUUUUCCUACCACAUUCAAUCACCAGGCAAAGCUUCCCAUUCAAGGAUUGGCUAGUAGUCGUCAAAAGCACGUGUCAAAGCUUCAUUCUUCCAUUUCUCCAGGGUGUUUGUUCAUAUGCAACUCAGAGCAGCUUCAGCAUCCGACGAAUCCCAUAUCACUAUUUCCACCAGUAGACCAGAGUGUUGCAGCAAUAGUUUUCGGAGAUGGAUCAGAGUCGCGACUUUAUCCAUUGACAAAGAGAAGAUCAGAAGGGGCUAUUCCUCUGGCAGCAAACUAUAGACUAAUUGAUGCAGUUGUAAGCAACUGCAUUAAUAGUAACAUAAACAAGAUUUAUGCUCUGACACAAUUCAAUUCUACUUCUCUCAAUUGUCACCUCUCAAGAGCCUAUUCUGGAGUGCUUCGUGGGAAAGACGGAUUUGUCGAAGUCAUUGCUGCAUAUCAGAGCCCUCAAGAUCAGGGCUGGUUCCAGGGCAAUGUUGAUGCUAUAAGAAGAUGCUUGUGGGUGCUAGAAGAGUUUCCUGUGGACGAGUUUCUUGUCCUUCCAGGCCACCAUUUGUAUAAAAUGGAUUAUCAGAAGCUAAUUGAAGCUCAUCGAAACAGAAAAGCCGAUAUAACCAUUAUGGCUUCAAGUGCUAUAAGGGAUCAAGACCCUGGUCUAGGCCUUCUGAAAGUGAAUACAGAAAAUCAAGUCAUAGAUUUCCGCAUAAAGUCAGAUAGAGAACCAGCAAGUUCCAUUUCAGCAGAAGCUUUAAGAAGAUCCCGAAAUAGUACUUACGAAAACAUUUCAAGCAUGGGAAUAUACCUCAUCAACAGAGAAGUAGUGGCAAGGCUUGUAAAUGAACACUUUCCAGAAGCGAACGAUUUCGCAAAUGAACUAAUACCAGGAGCAAUAUCCACUGGCAUGAAGGUUGAAGCUUAUCGAUUCGAUGGAUAUUGGGAGGACAUGAGGAGCAUAGAAGCAUUUUACCAGGCAAACAUGGAGUGCAUAAAGAAAUCAAAUAUUAGAUAUAACUUCUACGACAGAGACUCUCCUGUCUACACAAUGCCUCGAUGCCUGCCACCAUCUCUUAUCAGAGAUGCUGAGAUAUCAGAUAGUGUCAUUGGAGAUGGUUGCAUAAUCAAUAGAUGCAAGAUCAAAGGUGCAAUUGUCGGUAUGAGGACGAGAAUCGGAGAUGGAGCUGCAAUACAGGAUUCUGUGAUCAUGGGAUCUGAUAUCUAUCAAUGUACGUGGACUCAGCAGAAAAAUGAUAUUGAAAGCAGUGGCAAUGAAGGCCAGGCCAAGGCCACUCCAGUGGGGAUUGGUGAAGACACUCAAAUAAGGAAAGCUAUUAUUGAUAAGAAUGCAAGGAUUGGCAAAAAUGUUAUGAUCAUUAACAAAGACAAUGUCCACGAAGGGGAUAGAGAAGGAAAUGGCUACAUUAUAAGUGGUGGAAUUGUGGUGGUUCUUCAAGGAGCUUUGAUCCCAGAUGGCACCAUCUUAUGACACCAAUUAUAUGCAAAAAAGAAUACUUCAUUCAUUUUUUAAAGAACUAAAUAAAAUUAAUAUUAAUUUAUGUAUUAGUAUU